AUGUCGACAUCAGAGAUGACUUCAACACUCAUCCGAGUUUUACCACCUGUGACAGAGUUCAACAUAGAUGAGAUAGAUGAUACCACAUGGCAGGAACUAGAACUGUUAAUCCAGUGGGACCGGGAGACAAGCAUCAACUUGCCAAAUCAUGCAGAUUCUGAGGCCGGGCCCGGUCUCUCUGUUGGUCGAUCCCUUGACCUGUUGAACAACCAGCAGGGAGAUGCUGCUGAUACAGGAGGCAACUUUCCCUGUUUUGAGGAUCAGGCAGAACUUGAUCAGAGGACUCCAACGGAUGUCAAGCACCCCGGUGGUGAGGAUGACAGGUUGCCCUUCCUCCCUCCGCCCCCAAGGCCGUCUCCGCGUCGAACAUCGUCCGGUACAUCCGGCCGGUCGCUACCAUUGCCCUGCAGGAUGCAACAGAGCAAUGCUCAUACAGCUCUACAGGAGGAGAUCCGCAGGCUAAGAGAAGACAGGCUUGACCGACUUUAUAAGUACAUCGACAACUCGUUGCAACCAUGGGCCGUCGCGGUUGCCGAAUCCAUGCAGGACUGGAUGAAAUUAUUCGGCACGAUUCAGGGAGAGAGGCUGGCCCGCGAGCCAUUGGAGUACGAGGUGGGGGAAGCAGACCAACAGGAGGGGAACAACGGGAUCAAGGAAAUGUUUAGUUGGAGCGACCGGGAUGGUUCGAAAUGA